UGGGAGUACUAUCCACGGUAGAUAAAGCAAGAAUGCAAAGUCAACCAUACAUUAACACGUGUUUUAUGACGUAUUUGUAAGUGACAAAMAAUAUUGCUUGAUUGGUUUUUCAAUUUGUUGAUCGUGUCUUUGUAGCCGAUUGCAAGUAUAGAACAAGACAACAGUGACGAAGAAAGUGCGCUAGAGCUAGGAGCUACUGGAAACGAAAACAGCUCUGAUGAACUAUMAAAAAAGAUGAGAAAGCUAAGACUAGAGGAUAAAAGUUUUCUGUCACCAACGGACACUCAAACUGAUACCGUCAGCUCCACAUCAUCAGGAAGCCAGCACAGAACUAGAAACGAGCUUGGUCAAAGGUUCAAAUUGAAUGCGUUUCUUCAAGAGUGUAGUCUGAAGCCUAUUGAAAGACCAUGGCUGGACUGGGAACAAGCAAGUGAGAGAACACGAGAGCGGUAUGUUGAAAGGUCAGCAGAAAUACUUUCAUCUGUACUUCAAGUUGUUUAUCCUGGUGCUGCCAUCAAGCUUUGGGAAGAACUUCAAAAUUAUCCGAAAAUUGUCAAUCUACUGCAAGCAAACUCCACAGACCUAGGACAAUCAGACACGUCUAACACCUACUUAGAGGCCSUAGCCGAAGCCUAUAACAACGCAGCAAGCYGGGACACACGGCGUCAGGUUCUAUCCAUAAUGGCAGGUGUAGCUAGUUUUCAGGAAGUUUUGGAAUACAUUCCCGGUUUGACCAGGUACCGGUACACCGCUGCAAACCUACACAGACAGCAAUAUGGUAGAGCAGUUCCAGUGCCUAAAAAAGAUGCACCUCGACUCAGAAUUAAUMAAAAACAACUCGAUCACUUCUUGUGUUUUAUCACUAGCCCUCAUCUUGUUCAAGAUCUCCCUUUCGGCGAGACGAAUUUAACAUUGUCAUCUGGUAAGGUCAUUCCAGUACCAAAUGUAAUAAGAACAAUGGUGCCGCAAAGAAUUGUAGCCCAGUACAAGCUGUACUGUGAUGAGAAUGAAUUUGUUCCUCUGAGUGACCGAUCCCUGUUACGCAUCCUUGACGAAUGUAGCGCUUCAGUUCGAAAGUCGCUUCAGGGACUAGACAACUUUGCUGCUGAUGGCGGCAAARCGUUCGAUGAGCUUUUGCAUUUACUGGAUAAUCUUUCCUCUCUGAAUUGUAGCCAAAGCAAAUAA